UUUGGUUUAUUGUAUCAUAUCAAAGUUUUGUUCACUAGAGUUUGCAUUGUAUAUUGAAUGCAACAUCAAUUAAAAAAAUAAAAGCUUUAGAGUAUGAAUUCGCGUAAUCCACAAACACUUAUGGCACUGCCAAAUGAGGAAAAUUUUGAUUUCCUUUUUAAAGUGGUAUUGAUUGGAGACUGCGGAACUGGGAAAACUUGUAUUGUAGAGCGUUUUAAAACUGGAAAUUUCAUUGAAAGACAUGGGAAUACUAUAGGCGUGGACUUUUCUAUGAAAACAGUUAAUAUCGAAGGAAAGCAAGUAAAACUUCAAAUAUGGGAUACAGCUGGACAAGAACGGUUUCGUACAAUCACGCAAAGCUACUAUCGUUCUGCAAAUGGUGUUAUAAUUGUUUAUGACAUAACAAAGAGGUCUUCUUUUUCAAAUCUUCAAAAGUGGAUUGAAGAGGUUCGGCGUUACACAGCAUCCAACGUGUUACUUAUUUUAAUUGGAAAUAAGUGUGAUUUAGACGAAGAGCGUGAAGUGGAUUUUGAAGAAGCAAAGCAAAUGUGCCAAUAUAUACCCGAAAUCCUUUUUGUAAUGGAAACAUCAGCGAAACAAAAUACAAACGUUGAAGACGCAUUUGUUUGUUUGGCAACGGAAUUAAAGCGGCGUCAUGACAUCAACACUGUAGAAGAAGACAAAGAAGAUGCCAUACGACUGGGGCAAAGCAAACCGCUUAAUAACUGCAGUAGUUCUUGCAAUUUAUUAUAAGGAUCUCGAAACGUAAUUCUAAUUUUUGGAGUUUUUUUUUACUUUUUAAGUUUGUUAAUAUAAUCAUUUAAAUUUAACUUACUUAGUUAAUUAAACGCUCGAUAAUAGUAUAAGUAUAUACAUAAAUAGAUAUAUACAUAUAUGGAAUAUGUAAAUAUUUCAACAGUAAAGCUCUGAAGCUUUCAAAUGAUCUAAAAUCAAGUACAAAAUUGAUAUCAAAAUAAAACAGAUCUGACGAACAUUAUACAUAUGUAUAAGCAGUAA